AAGUAUUUAUCUCAGAAAAUCGGAGCCGUUGGAUUAUCAGAACGUUGCAACAGCUCUGUAUAUAAAAGUCGAAAUCUCAUCCGCCUAGAGCCCAGCCCCCCGCCUUCCACAAACUAUCCGUUACAAAUUCAACUCUCUCUCUCUCUCUCUCUAACCUUCUCUCUCCAAAUCCAAGGAAAGCUGUAAUGGCAACUUCAGUUGAAUCUCCAUCGCCUGCUUCCCUCCACACGGGGCAUCCAAUUUCGAUGGUUUCUUCUCCUCCUUUGUUCAGUCCUUCUUCCGAUAAGCGCUUCUGGAGCGCUCUUACCAGCCGCGUCGACACGCUUCUUGAGAAUCAGAGGCCGAAAAAGAGUUCCGAAGCAGUGGAUCGUGCGAAGAGAUUGAAGGAGGAUUCGAUGCUUUUGCUGAGAGGGUUUGAUUCAGUGGCUCAGUCUCUUUCUCAGCUCUCUAACAAUCUCGAGACCGCUCUUGAGGGAGCUAGAAGUCUAGCCAAACCACCGCCAUUGAGUGAAAUCUUACAUGCCACCAUUGAAAAAGCCAAAGAUGGAGAAAAUCCUGUAGAGGAAGAGAGUAAAGGUGAGAAGAAACAAGAAGAUGACAACAUUGACAAUAGAGGAUUGAAGAGAAAGUUGGAUUCGGGAGACUGUAACGACGAUCAAGAUCAAGAGGAAGGCGAAGAAAAUUCACAAGAGGGAAAAAGAAAGGGAUCAAAAGAAAUGGAGAAGAUCAAGAAAGCCAAAAAUCUGGCUAUUACCAUGGCGACACGGGCAGCGAGCAUGGCUAGAGAGCUGAAGUCGAUCAGAUCGGACAUGGCAUUUAUGCAGGAGAGAUGUGGACUGCUGGAGGAAGAGAACAGGAAGCUUCGUGAUGGACUAGCGGAAGGGACACAGCCAGACGACGACGAUUUGGUGAGGCUUCAACUCGAAGCACUUCUUGCAGAGAAAUCAAGAUUGGCAAAUGAGAAUGCAAACUUGACUAGGGAAAACCAGUGCCUGCAUCAGCUUGUGGAGUACCACCAGCUGACAUCACAGGAUCUCUCAUCUUCUUAUGAGAGCUUGCUGAGGGGAAUGCAGCUUGAUUUUUCGUCUCCACAAGAAGGUGAUGAAGAUGAAGAUGGUGGGAGCUUCAACAGAGAGUUCAGAACACCCCAUGCAGAUAUAUUGGGAUUCUCCAAAUCCUUGGAUGAGUGCUUUGAUGAAGAACUAGAAGAGUAGGCUUAGGCUGCUCUCUGUGAUAUGAUUGUUUUCCUUUCAUUAUUUUUACAAGCUCAAAUGUUGAAAUGGGAAUUUGAUGUAAAUUAUGGCUGCAGUUUGUGUUUGCAUGA